AUGGACGCAGAUUCAUUCUACUCCGCCAACACACCUUCAGAGAGCAUAACUAUCGAUUUGCCGUACUUGAGCACUCGUAACGAGGCCUUCAAAUCCGAUGCAGAUACGUCCACACACGCCACUGGCAGUGAAAUGACGCUGGACGACAUCCGCUACACUGUGCGCGUGGGUAACGCUGAAAAGACUAUUUUGCGCAAUCUGAGCCCUAUUAUUCCUGCCGGAUCCCUGACAGCCCUAAUGGGGUCUACAGUCGGUGGUAAGUCGACCCUGCUUGAUACCCUCGCAGGUAGAAAGGAUCCGAAAGACAUAUCCGGUCGCAUCUUGCAGGAUGUCAUAGUAUCUGGGUCUCUUACUGUUAGAGAAAAUCUGCUGUUUUCCGUACGACUGCGCCUUUCCAACGAGAUGGUGGACGUAGAAAAGCAUCUCAGGGUCGACACGGUCAUUGCAGAGUUUGGCUUGUCCAAGGUGGCUAAUAGAAGUUGUCGUUGCACACAGCCCAAGAACCCUGAAACAUCAGAUGCCAAUAAAAGUCUGGCGGAAAAGUUUCUAGAAAGUGAACCCUAUCUGGAAACACUGGAAAUGGUCAAGAAAAGGACACAGCCAACGACGGUUCACUGUGAUGCAGAUAUCAGCGCAUCUGCCGAUGACUCCUUGACCAUUACGUAUCCCAUUGGGUACUUCCAGCAGACCUGCAUAAUUGUGGCCAGAAACAUACGCAAUUCGAUUCGAAACCCAGCUGCGGCGCUCAUGCAAACUGUUGGUGAACAUCGUGUUUGGGCUACUCGCGGGCAUGUUGUAUUUCCAGAAGCAUACUUCACGGCAAAGGUGGUGGUCGAUCUCUUGCUGGGCCGCCUUAUCCCCACACUGUUCUACAGUGUGAUAUCAUUCACAAUAAUUGGACUAAGCGGCGGAUUUACAGAGUUCCUUGUGUACCUCAUGAUGCUGGAGUUGAGUGCGAUGACAGCUGUGGGCAUAUGCUUCCUCGUAUCGUCUCUCGUCGAUGUCUUCGCCGUUGCCAAUGUACUCACAACGAUGGUGUACGCUGUGAUGCUUGUCUUUGUCGGCCUUUUUAUGAAUCUCGAUACUAUGGCCAAGUGGUUCAGCUGGAUACAGUAUGUAUCCCUCUUUCGUUACGGAUACGAGGCUCUUGCAGCAAAUGAACUCGCAGGCAUGGUGUUCGACUGUAGCGCAGACGUUCCCUGCCAGUCCGGAGAUCAGUAUCUAGCCACUCAAGGAUUCGAGGACAGACUGUGGUUCGAUGUGGGCAUGCUUACCUUGUUUUAG